AUGGCCAGUAUCAAGGACACCAAGUCUGAUAUAGAAGAGGACGAUAGAGCAUAUGGUGCAUCAUCCGAGAAUAAAAAAAGGUUCUCGUUCUUGGCCGACGCCGUCAUGGGUGCCGAAGUUGACGCUCGAACCGAUGAUGACGAAUACCUCUCAGAAAAGUCAUUGAGACGCUUGGAGGAUUCACAUCAAGCCGUGAUUACCUUGCUCGGUUUAGGCCAGUUCGCUCCCUAUAACCAGACUACGGGUCUGGGGCUGCUUCUGCCUUCGGGCAAGCAGGUAUAUUCUUUCGAGGCCUACUGCAAGGGUUGGGGUAUUCCAAGGGGAGCGGAAUGGACUGAGUCUCUAUGGCGGAAGGUCCAAUCCUGUUCCCGGUUGAGCCGACUGGCUUCCCCUUUGACUCUCAUGCUCCUCAGCUACGUCGCCUCUGCUAACAUUUCCCGGAGGGUUUUGGAAUGCUGCCUAGCCAAGCAUAGCAACUUAAUGUCCUGGAAAACGAUCGACCUGGCUGAGGAGGGCGAUAAAGUCGAGGAGCAGAAAAUGGCUACCGCUGUGGGUCGAUGGUUAUCAGAAUGCAACAAGGUUCUUGCGGAUGCUACCAAGCGGGUCACGGAGGAGUUCAAGGUCAAAGACACUUCGGAGAUUCUUCGGAGAUGGUGUAAUGUCGCGCCUAAGAGCCAUCAAACUUGGUCAGACUUCUUUGCCAAGGAACGUAUGCUCUAUGCUCAGCUCGAAGGUGUUGAGCUGAUUGGUACGGCGUGGCAGGUGAGGCGUGAUAAACUCCUGAGGGCCCUAUCGAUCUAUCCCUAUUUCAAGAACGAAGUUGCGAAAGCUCAAGAGUUCCCGUCGCUUAAGAAAACCAAAAACAUUGAGGGUUUCAUCAAGGCACUGGAAAAUCUAGCUGAGAGGCAUAGUCCCUUGAGUCUGGAUGUGGUUCUGGGCGUUGUGGGGGAAGAGAAUGCGCGAGGGGUGGCAGCACGGAAACCUGGCCAAGACUACAAAUCGAGAUUUCAGGGGCACGACCAACCUGCAGGCUUCAAGAGAGAUAGCUCGACUGUUAAGACCGAAGGAGUUGAAAACCCACGCAAGAAGGUUCAGAACUGUUUCGAGUGCGGCCAAACGGGUCACUUCAAGCGUGAUUGCCCGAAGAAAAAGGCCACUACCACAAUGGCUGGAGAAUCUAGCUCAUCGGAGAAAAGAAGUGGAGCUGCGGGUGGACAAAAGACCACACGUAGCGGACAUACUUAUGUGCUCUCCGACAAGUUCCACUCGACGAGCGACCUUCAUAUCGAGAACAUCCAGUUCACAGGAUCUGAUGAUGGCCCUAAGGUGCUCCGUGCCUGUUUGGACACGGGAUCGACUAUUAAUAUUUGCUCCGACAAGGCUGCCACCGAGCUCCGAGCCAACAUUGUAGACCUAGGUCACGACGCCAUGACGGCUUCGUCUCUGGGGGGUCCAGUCAAGUUGACUCGCAUGGCAGAGCUCCAGUUGGCUGCAGCCGAUAGAGUGAUCGAUUCUCACUUCUAUAUACCGGAUGCCAGCUCACCGGAAGGUGAGGGCAUGUCACAAUUCGACGUCUUGAUUGGAAGGCCUACGUUGGAGGGUCUAGGAUAUCGGCUCAUACAAGUGAGCGAAAACGGAACCACGGAUCUGGGGAAGCAGGAAGAUAAGCGGCGGGCUACAACGCCUGAAUUCGUGGACUCCGUUUUCGAAGAGGACCCUCUUGAAAAUUUCGUAGCAUACAGUAAGCCUACAACGAGCAUCAAGGUUGACAUUGACCCCAAUAUGCCCAUCGAACCACUAGUUGCACGAGGAGUACGAUAUCUAACUACCAAAUAUAUAUCGUGGACGAGGGUACCAGGCAAUAAGUGGUACAGGUUCAGAAUCCGUCCAAUAGAUGUGGUGGGAGGUGAUGUGCAGGAUUGCGACGGUCAGACCCAUGUAUUUGAGUUUGACUGGGAAAGUGCUCCGUCUUCCGAGGAGCAACAUCACGGCCAUAAGCAAUACGACUACUCUGCGCAGCUGAUCUCCCGACUGGAUGAUGAACAGCGCGAUAUCUUCGCGGGAGAAAUAGAUGAGUAUUUGAGGAGGAAAUGGUGGGUGACGGAGGAAGAGUCUCACAUCCUCGGUAGUGAUCCUGAUGCAAGCGUAGAUGGUCAAGAUCCUAUCGUGGUUUUUCCAGUGAUAUCUGAAAGUGCCUCAACUCGGGUUAGGCCUUGUGCCGAUGCCCGAGGAGCUAAUAAGACGUUGCCUCCAGCCGGAUACUAUGAUCUUCCUAUCGCUGACUGUGCACUCAAGCUGCUCUCCUCUCCUAGCGGGUACUUGCAGUACAAGGAUAUAUCGAAGGCCUUUUAUAGGUUGACCGUUCGUCGGUCAAAGGCUUUGGGUCUAACCAUCAACCGUAAGAAGUAUCUUACCCGGAGAGUCGCCUUCGGGGUGCGGUUUGGGCCGCUCGCGUUGAGCUGUUUCACUACUGCGCUCAUACAUUCUGUCUACUCUGCUCUGCUUGAUGAGGAUUGUCCGGAGCUCUUCCCAGAAGAGAGGGCUUCCUACAUCAAGGGCCUUACACUGUUGGUAUACUAUGAUGAUUUUAUGGUCAGCGCGACGAGUCCUCAGCUCGGGGAGUUGGUAUCCACGUUGCUUUCACACAUAGGUGCAGUGGUGGGAGCUGAGUUUCCUUCCUCCAAGGCGGAUAGGAUCUUGGCGGAGCCACGCAAACACAUUGGCCUAUGUUGGUACUUCAAGGAGGGAAAGUUGUGCGCGGCUUGCCCACAAGUGGAUCCUCGGAAGUGGCAGAUCAGCAGGCCUGUCACUAAGAGGGAAGUGUUCAGACUAUGUGGGCUGGCACCCGAUGUCCUUUGUCAGCAUCCUGAAAGGUCGCUGAUAUUUGAUCUAUUACGGUCAUGGUCCGGUGCAUUUGGUGUAGCUACUGACAGGUCAUCCUGGGAUGAACCACUGCCUCUUGAUGACGCGGAUUUCCAGACGUUACAGUGUCUGAUUGAUCGAAUUAAGUCCCUCUCAGGCACCUGCGAACACACCAGCUGGGCCGACGCUACUGAACUUCAUGGUUUUACUGACGCUUGUGACGAAGGGUAUGGAUGGUCUAUUCAGACCCCUGAUGGCGGGGUGGUUUUGGAAAAGUGCAAGCGUUUCCCACUAACGCUGAAAUGGCAUACCAACCGCAAGGAGCUAUAUGCGGUGACUGAUAUGGGGGUUACUGUCCACUCAUCGCAGGGCGAACUGAAAGAUCCCUGCGUAUUGGUCCUGAUUGAUACCUAUAGUACAUGGCUCGAACUGAGAUUGGUCCCCGAUCAGUCCACCGAUUCUGCCAUUGACGGCCUCCUCGCAUGGAGUAUGCGGUUUGGGCCACCUCUGAACCUACAAUCCGAUCGCGGCAGUGCUUUUAUUUCGAAGGUUAUGGAGGCUACCUUGAAGGCUUUUGGUAUCUCACAUACUACGGGCGCAGGCCAUCAUCCCCAGCCCCAAGGGGAAGCAGAGCGGGCUGUUGCUGUUGUCAAGGGAGGUCUGAGGAAGCUCGCGGCUCAUGUUCCACUAUCGAUCGCCAUGAAGUAUCUGGGCUUUAUAAGUCGCCUGCAUAACACAUCUCCACGCUAUGGGAGCUCAGUGACCCCUGAAGAACUUAUCUAUGGAGGACGCACUCGUGACUCCCUUCAGACACUUCUGGAAGGGGGCGAGGUCGGUGAGCAGCAGCCAGAGGGCGUUGAUGAGUACCUCAGCCAGCUGAGGGAUGAACUGGUAACCUUACACGAGACCUGGCGCCACACCUUGGCUGAAGCUCGUGUAACCAACCUGGUGGGAGGUGCAGUUCGUCAUGAGCCCCCAAUUGAGGUCCAAGAUAGAGUAUUCAGGAUUAUAGUGGACGGGCUACAUAAACGUCGCGUGUUGGGGCCAUAUACGGUGCUGAAUCUCGAGGGAUCCAUGGCUGAGCUCACAGGGGGUGUUCGUGCCCCACUCUGGCAGUUAUGGGCGGCGCCCGGGAAUGAUGCUGUGCGGCGUUACGGUGAUUUCGGUUUGCCAGAUUUUGAGGACCUGAGAGAGAAGAGGUUAGAAGAGCUAUCUAAAGGUGACCUCGUUGUUUUCCGCAACCCCAGCGACGAUCCAGAGAGCGUUGUUUGUAUCGAUCUUGGACGAGUUAGCGCGAAUAACUUGGCUCAGGAGACGCUCACACUUGAUCGCUUACAAGUUGACGAAGCUGGGAUUUGGUAUGAUACCGUUCAGGGAUCCGCCAUCGUCGAGCUUGAGUAUAAUGAUGUGGUCUGUACGGGACCACGAGUAAAACUCACUAAAUCUGGACGUCUAAGUGCGGAGCUGAAGAAGAUGUUACAGAGGAUUGGUAUUCCUUUCUGA